AUGGCGGGAGGCGUGAAGAAACCGGUUAACAUCUUCAAACUCAGGGAUUCCAAUGAGCCCAAAGAAGUCUUCAAUUGGCGACUAUGGUUUGCAGUCAUCUCCUUUGGCCUCAUGGGCGCAGCCCGUGGUGUGGAUGAAGGGUUGAUUUCAGGUGCCUUUUCGUCCAAGGAUUUUCAAAACACAAUCCACUAUUCUUCCUAUAGCAAAAUUGAGCAGACCAACAUCAAGGCUAAUGUCUCUGCCAUGGUUCAAAUCGGCUCUGUUGGAGGUGCACUUUUUGCUUUCUUCGUUUGUGAUCGUAUUGGUCGUGUUUGGGCAACGCGCCAACUUUGUCUUCUCUGGAUUCUCGGUAUUGCAAUCUUCAUGGGCAAUAACGGUAGCCUCGGCGCUGUUUAUGCCGGUCGUUUCAUUGCUGGUCUCGGAGUCGGUCAGACGCCUGUGGUGGCCCCCGUGUAUCUUGCUGAAAUUGCACCUGCGUCAAUCCGCGGUCUUUGUACCUGUAUUUUCACCGGAUGCGUGUAUCUCGGUAUCGUCUUGGCGUAUUUUGCAAACUACGGCGCUCAGGUCAAUCUGGGUGAUGCGACGCACAAUCGAUGGGAGGUUCCAACUAGCUUGCACAUCAUGUUCGCUGGCAUCAUCCUGGUGUUGUCUUUCUUCCAACACGAAUCGCCGCGUUACUAUGUGAAGGUCGGCCAAGAUGAGAAGGCAUUACACGUAAUGUCGCGCAUCAGAAACCUGCCUCCUGACCACGAGUAUGUCGUCCGAGAGAUUAGUGAGAUCCAGGCGGCACAUCAAGAAGAAAUGGAAGCCACUAUGGGCGCCGGAUUCUUGGGUGUCUGCAAAGAAUUGUUCUUGAUCAAGAGCAAUCUGUACCGUCUAUAUCUGGCCGUCUUCGCUCAGAUUCUAUCACAAUGGUCUGGAGCUGGCAGUAUUACUGUCUACGCCGUGAACCUCUUCCAACUUCUCGGCGUUACUGGUAACAACGAGAGCUUGCUCGUUACCGCAAUCUUUGGAAUCGUCAAAUUCGUCGCCGCCGUGGUGUGUGCCCUGUUCCUGGUGGACUUCAUCGGCCGAAAACGCUCGCUGCUAUUGGGCAUCACCCUGCAAGCAAUCACAAUGACUUAUAUCGCCGGCUUCCUGACAGCCGUACCCAAACUCGGCGUCGACAGCCACUACGUAUUGCCUGCAUCGAUGCACGGUGCAAGUCGAGGUGCCAUUGCCAUGAUGUACAUCUCUGGGUUUGGCUGGGCACUAGGCUGGAACUCGAUGCAAUACCUGCUCACAGCCGAACUAUUCCCUCUGCGUAUCCGCGCUAUCGCGACGUCGAUUUCCAUGACACUGCACUUUGUCAACCAAUACGGCAACACGCGCGCUGUUCCGAACAUGCUGCUUGGAACCGGAGAAGGAGGCAUUUCGCCGCUGGGCACAUUCUGGUUCUUUGCAGUGGUUACCGUGCUUGGUGGGGUGUGGGUGUGGUUUACAAUCCCUGAGACGGCGGGUCGGUCAUUGGAAAGCAUGGAUCGGUUGUUUGCACUGCCAUGGUACAAGAUUGGACGGUACGGAAAUGAGGAUGCGAUGCAGCAGGAUAUGGUGCUGGACGAGAAGCAGCAGCAGAUGGAGGCGCAUCAGGCACAGCAUGUCGAGGAAGUGCGAGACAACACCACGAGGGUGUAG